AUGUUCGAGACUUCCGAGCCCUCGUUGCCCAAAGCUAGGGCUCGGAAAUACCCCUCGAACGCUUAUAUAGAGGGUCCGAAGUGCCAUUUUCCGAGGGGUGGAGCCCUCGGCGAAGGCCCAUCGAAAGCACAUUUCCGAGCACUCGAAGUACCCCUCGAACAACUGGUUGGGCAAAAAUCUGAUCAAAACCCUCUUGCACUUCACAAACUGAAUAAUCAUAAACAACGAUCCGAUGAACCUGUGAUUGAAAAUUAUAACAUGAUGAUCAAAUCACGUAAUCAAACUGAUCCGAACAUGACUGAUACUUCCAAACUAAACUAUUUACAAAUGGGUUUAAAGCGGUCAUUGCAAGAAGACGUUUUUCGUCGUCGUCCAAAAACCGCAGCCCAGUUCUUACAAGUAGCACACGAAGAAGAAUCAUUACAAACGAUUGUUCGUACCCAUGCAGCAUUAACUGAUUCGGUUUUCAUCGACUCCCUUCAAUCCAAAGCUGACGUGAGUUUUCUCUUGUAUAGAACAAAUGUGAUUAAAGAAAAAGUUUUACAAAACGUUGACACGUAUACAGAAAAUGAGUUUGAAAAUGAACCAACAACAGAAGCUAUGGCGUCAUUGUGCCCGACCACAUGCUCAACACCAUAUCGACCAAUUUCCAGUACAAUAUUAUGGGAUAAAAAAACACCAACCACACAACGUCCAACAUUAGCUCCGGCAAUUGACUUAAACACUAGCGCAUGGGAUAAGGAUAUACCAAGUGAUGAUCAUUUAUCCGAUUUGAACACUAGUGAAUGGGAUCAUGAAUCAACGCCACUUGAUUUAUCUCAACCAACCAUUACACCAACAGAUAGUAGAAUCAUCAUUAAUUCAACUCAAAAAGAUCCAUUGGCUGCAAUUAGGAGUACUUUACGUAUAAUAAAAUCGAUACCGCCUUCAGCCACAGAACCAUCGCAACCAAGAAAAUUUUUAAAUCGGCAGGUCGGCGAAGUACUUACAGAAGAUAAAGUUUUGAAUCAACUAAUACAGAAAGAAUUAAUAUCCAGAAAACGUAAACCAACAAAAGGAACAAACACCAAAUCAACGAAAUAG